AGUCGUAACUACCAUCGUCUCCAUGACCGUACUAAAAAAGCGAAAAGAAAAGAAAAGAAAAGAAAAAGAAAAAGAAAAGGAAAGGAAAAAAAAAAUUGAAAUUAGAGCUUAAAAAUUUGUUCAGUUCUCAGGAAUUGCCUCCGACACAAGCUCCGAAUGCCACUCUUUCUUCAAGAAAAGCCAAGCCCUAAAACUCUCCUCCUUCAACUCUCUCUCCAUUUUCACCAUGCCGUGUUCUUCUUUCCUAAGCAUCUCUUUCCCUUUUUUCUCUGCCCUUCCCUCAUAUUAAGCCACCCCAUUUCAUCCCUUUUCCGAUCCUCUCAUCGUCUUCCAUUUCCAUGGCUAUCGACGGUGUUUGCACACUUGACGUUGUGGAGUUUCCUCCGCCACCGCCGCCGCCGCCAACGACGGUCGAGAAGCAUCGUAGAUCAUUCUCGCUUCUUUCGUCUCCUUUGAUGAUCGUUGGGCUCUCCAGGAAGAAUGUUCUAUAUCGCCAGCUUCCACAUCAGCCUCUCAUGCUCUCUGUCCUUAAAUUGGAUGGCUCUUGUUUCGAUAUUCAAGUUAAGAGAUCUGCUACUGUUGCUGAAUUAAAGGGCGCAGUAGAGUCGGUCUUCAGCCACAUGCCACAGAAUGGACCGGGAAAGAUUUCAUGGCUCCAUGUGUGGUGGCAUUUCUGCUUAUGCUAUGCUGGUCAAAAGUUAGUUGAUGACGCAGACUACAUCGCAAAUUUUGGCAUCAAGGAUGGUGAUCAGCUUCAAUUUGUCCGGCAUGUCACAACUGGCUACAAUGCUAUAAGAAAACAAUCAAAGAAAUGCGUGGUUUCCUCAAAACUGCUCAGUAGGAUAUCAUAUCGGUCAAAAAACUACGAGCAAAAUGAUCAGGAAGAUAUGGAAAGAUAUAACUACAACGAUAUAGAGAGCGGAAGGUUUCAACACCAUGGCAAUAAUGAGCUCUUCAUGAACCAUGAGCCAAAGAUGGUAGUUUUUUUGGGAGGAUGGUUCUCUCACACCAAGCUGGCAUCCGCAGGAAAGACGCGCAUCAAUAGCCUGGUUCGUCCAUCGGGAACUCGGCCUAGCCUGGUGCGUGGUUUUAAGAAUUUAAUACAAUUAUGCCGUGAGAAACGACAUUAUGAGAAAGUGAAUAAAAAGAAGAGAUCCAUCAUAGGAGUCUAAGUAGAUUAGAAAUUAUUAAUAUACACACACGAUUCAAUUAGAUUGAGUUAGUCAAAGCUCUGAUGGGUUCAUCUUCCUUCAUAGUCCCCUUGAUAAUAAGGUGUUAUAGAGAUACCAGAAUUCAUAAUGCUAGUCAGUUGGUGAUUAUUGUUUUUGUGGUUAAUGACAAUAAUGGUAGGUAAUUACGAAAUUGUCCAUUGAUAUAGAAUAAGCAUCCUACCAAAAUAUCUGUACCUAUCAAAGUAAGCUUGACUCAGUAGUAUUGGUAUGACUUUCGUCUCUAGAGGUCAGAAGUUCAAUCAUCCACCCUGCAGUUGUUCUACUAAAAAAAAUCUUGUACCUAUAGAGAAACCAACUUGUACCUUACGGACAUAACUCUAAAUAGUUUUGUCUUUCUAGUUGUCAUUUUCAGUCCUUCGCUUUCAUUUACCAUCUUUUUGUUCAUAAUUUUCUAAAAACUUGGUAAAUUGCAA